AUGGAAAACGUUGUUAAUGAUUGUUGCACUAAUGAUCUCUGCGUAAAUAGAGACACACAGUUACGUUUCGCUCGACUUCGCGAAGAUCUGUUGAAUAAUUUCAACUCGCUCCUCAUCGAUCGUAUUCGUUUUCUUGAACAGACACUUAGUCAGUUAUCGUUGCAAUCGUCGACGACAUCAGUUCCAUUCACAGAUAAACGUCCUCCUCCCGAAAUUAUCAUAUCUGAUCGUUUAAUAGUACCAACAAAUCUUCGACGUAGCACAUCAGCGACAGCUGAUCUUCCUCAACUCUCGGACGAUUCGAUUCUAGUUGAAGACGAUACAAACGUUCGUUCACGUCCGCCAACUGUAAAACUAUCGGCUAGCAAUGAAAAACAAAAAGGACAUUUAUCAUUGACAGCAUCGUUUGGCAUGAAAGAGCAAAUCUUUUUUGGAUCAAGCAGUGAUUAUUUAUCUCCACCUAAUAUAGAUCGACCAUGGUCACGUUCUACAAAUGAUAUUCCGUCAAGCUCAUCACUGAAUAGCGACAAAGGACGAUUAGAUUCUCGACGUUUUGCAUGUGAUGUCGAUGAUAAUGACGUGCGAGCAUUCAAAGCUAUGGUUUACAUGGAACAAGCCCGGAAACAGCAUGUACGACCGUUUACUCGCUUACGACAAGUAUUGGGUAUAUCAACAAGUAAAAGUGCAGGAAAUUUUGCAAUGUACAGUCCGAAAAAGUAG